UGCAGCCAGCGGGAUUGUAAUUAGAAUGUUGUCGUCGGGGGGUGACUUUUUGUGGGGAUGUAAAGACGUCGAAUAUAAAGGAGAUAGUAGUUCCUAAUACCUCUUCUAAGCUUACUGGAUGUUCUUCCACUAGGUGGUUUUAACUGGGCAGGAUGGUAAUAUAAGAAAUCUGUCAGCAUUGUUGACUUGACUUAGCUACUAAGUACUUAAAAUGUUUCUAAUAAUUGAAUGAAUGAAAAUAAGCAAACCCUCAUAUUUGAGAAUAGGGUGCCAUGUCAUGACUAAAUGAAGGGAUUUGCUGUUUAAUCUUCUGCCAUUUGCUUACAGCUGCACUUGUGUUUACUGAUGGAUAAAAUAAGUUUUGAAAAAUGUUAUUGUCAGUAGUUAUUGCAGCUGUGUAUGAACUGUAGUGAAGGAAGGAACAGCAAUACAAAAUGGCUUGGAGAAAAAAACCCACUAAAAGUGACAACCCCAAGUAACACAUUUUUUAGAAAAUUUAGUUGAGAAACAUAAUCCCCUUCUGUCAUGUAGACGCUAGGAAAUGUUUUUCACCUGUAUUCACCUAUAGUACCUAUAUUAUAUAUGUGAUUAAUAACUACUUAGCAACAUCAAUAAAACUUUGUAAUCAUUGAUGAAAUGUCAACUGCAAGCAGUGUAUUUCUCCAAGCAGUGCAGCCAUCUUUCACAUCAUCAGCUUCUGUUUUUCUAUUGGCCAAUUUCUGACUGGGCGGGUCUUCCAGGAGGCCGGCACUCAGGCAGGAAGGGGGUGGCUGGAAAUGUUUCAGCCACAGUUGGAUCUAUCUGUUUUCACUGUUCUGAAAAGAAAAUCUUUAGUUACUGCGUCUUCUGGUCAAUAAGGGGGUAAAAGGCGUUCCACAUAUUAGCCUCUAACAUGUUGUAGGCUUAUUAUAGUUUCCUGGUUUGGGACAGAUGUUCUUUGUGUGGAAGAUCACCAAUUGAAUUGAAUAUCUUUGAGAAGAUGUCACCGAGCUGAAGUUGUACAUUGGUCUGCGUCUGUCUUGUCUUAAAGGCCAGACUCGAGCACCAGCAUAGGAUACCUCAGCUGCAAGCACUUCAACACGUCUUUGCACUAUUUUAGCACCGAAAAGAAUGUUAAAAUAGUGCUAUAUUAUAAAAAGGACUUAGGAUGAAGAAUAAUGACUGGAAAUCACUAAAGGGAGAAGCCUGCAUUAAAUUUCCAUCACUGGACUGAUAUAUAUAGGCGGUCUUUUACUGACUUGAACAUAUAGUUCAUUGAUGGGUGAUUUUUAAGCCAUUAGAUCAUUCUGCUCCUGCUGAUGGAGGACUCACCAGGUUGUCUUAGUUGAGGACUACAGUCAGCCUAAACUGAACUUUGAGUGCAUGAAGCACAUGACAAUAAGACUGCCUCUAAAUUUUUAAUAUACUACUAAAACUAUUGGAUAUGGCGUUGAACCUUUCUUCGGUGAGAGACACUAAAUGGCUAACUCUGGAGGUCUGUCGACAGUUUCAGCGGGGAAACUGUUCACGGAGGGAUGAGGAAUGUAAAUUUGCUCAUCCACCAAAGAGCUGCCAAGUUGAAAAUGGUAGAGUUAUUGCCUGCUUUGACUCACUGAAGGGUCGGUGCUCAAGAGAAAACUGCAAGUAUCUUCACCCACCUUCGCAUUUAAAAACCCAGCUGGAGAUAAAUGGACGCAACAAUCUAAUCCAGCAGAAGACUGCAGCCGCUGUGCUCGCCCAACAGAUGCAGCUUGUAAUCCCUGGACCCAGUCUGCAGCCUAUGGGCCUUGGCACAAAUACCGGUCUUGGUUAUGGUUCAUACAUGACACCACUGAGCCACGGGAUGAGUCUUGUUCCCUCAGAAAUCCUCCCCAACACCUCAGUUCUUGUUCCUGGGAGUUCUCCUGUCACAAUCCACAAUUCCUCCUCUUCCUCGGCUUCUUCUCCUUCACAGAAGAUGCAGCGCACAGACAAACUCGAGGUUUGUCGUGAGUUUCAGCGUGGGAACUGUGCAAGAGGGGAGACAGAUUGCCGCUUCGCUCACCCCAGUGACAGUCCAAUGAUUGACACCACUGAUAACACUGUCACUGUUUGUAUGGACUAUAUCAAGAGCCGCUGCUCCAGGGAGAAGUGCAAGUAUUUUCACCCACCUGCACACUUACAGGCCAAAAUCAAGUCCGGCCAACAGCAAGCCAGUCAGACAGCUGUCGCUGCCCAGGCCUCAGCCAUGACUCAGUCGACUGCCAAAGCAAUGAAGCGACCCCUCGAGGCAACUGUAGACCUGGCCUUUCCCCACAGCAUCAUGCAAUCCCUACCAAAGAGACAAGCACUUGAGAAGAGCAGCUGGGCCAGCUCCCUCCUCAGUCCCAGCUUUUUGCACUACCAACAGGCUUUGGCUAAUGCGCAGCAGCAGCAUCUCACCACAGCAUUUUAUCCUACCGGGUCUGUCUUUUGCAUGACUCCAGCCAACGGCGUUGAUCAUCCUCAAGUAACCACCACAAACAGGAGUCAGUGCCAUGUUGCUGCUGUUAAAGGUUCCAAACAGCCAACCUGUAAAUACACCACACACCAUAUACAACAAGCUGCAUGCUGAUAAUAUCACUGAUGGAAAAACCUGCACACAUUACUUUUAUCUACGGUAAUAAAUUACACAAGACGAUUACUAGGAUUAUACUCUGUUAGCCAAAUGUGUGGACAUGCCCUUGCACCCGAAUUAACAUACAUCCUGUGUAAUUUGCAAAACAUCCUGCUUUCUAUUUCCCAAACCAGUUCUGACAUGAGCAGAGGUGAAUUCUCUGUGUUUAAAAUUCUCUCAUUGGAACCUCCAUAAUUAAAAAAAAAAUCUACUUUUUCUGGACUAAUAUAAGCGGAAACCAGAUGAGGAAAAAAAAAACAAAAGAUCAACAUUUAUUUCACUGACAUGUAAGUUACACCCGUAGUGGAAGAGAUGCGUGUCACACAUCGAAUCUUAGAUCACCCUUCAGUGUGUAGACACAACAUGUUAAUGUCAGGUGUAAUGUGGUCCUAUACUUAUCAUCGUAUAAUGAUAUUGAGCAACAAAUAAUUUCUUUCUUGAAUGUCUCAUUUAACCUACUUAUUAACGUUAAUGAUUGUUUAUGUAGUGCCAGAUUUAAUUCUUUUAAAGUUACUCAUGGAAAAAGCACUUAUUUUAACUUCAGACUUGUACAAAUGUAAUUUCACAGUAGGCUCAUUGAAGUUCUGAGAAACGACUCUUGUUAUUCACCCUGUUCUCCCCGGAAAACAGGACCAGUGCUCCACCCCCUGGUGUGCCUUUGCAUUGCAUAUACUGUAUGUCAUUUUUGUUGUUAUAGGCGCAACAAAAAUGUAAGCAGUUCUUUUUGUUCUUUGUUAAAAAAAUCAAAAUAUUUCACUUUUGGGGCAGGUUUCACAAAGACACUCAUUGACUGUGGCUUCGCUCAAACUUAGAACUUAAAUAAUGUUCUUGUAGUCAUCUAUAUCAGUAUGUUGCACUUGUUAACUGUAUGAGGUUGAGCCGAGAUGACAUGUUGUGGCCCCCUGUAAUGUGGAAGGUCCUUAAAUGACCUUCUCUGGUUUUCCUUCACAUUUUUAGUUCAUCUCUUUGGUUGUAGUGUAAAUGAAUAAGUCGAUAGUCUGACAAAGAUAGCCGGUGUCACUAAUUGGUUUAAAGUUUCUGAUCGCCUCUUUGUGAAACCGACCCCUGGUUAAGCUUGAAGAUACAGCAAAGAGCCUCCACAGCCGAUAUAGUGAACCGUGAAGGUGAAUGAAAGUACUAGUGCUCAUAUUCAAACUAAAGUUCUUAUGAAGAUAUGAAGUUUAAGUUGAAUGGUGUGUGAACUGUCAGUCUUAAUUAUUUGACAUUUACAAGUGCCUCAAGAAUUCUGCAUGCAAUGACAUCUAAGAAUAUUAAAAAUGUCUGAGAGAAGAAGAAAAAAAAACGUUAGCGAAAUUAGCAAUGCCAUGUUGGUGCAUUUUUGUGUAUGCCUGUUAAGUUUUAGUCUCAUUUUAAUUCUCAUGGAAUUCACUCCGCUUUGAAGAAUGAAUAUGACUAUUCAGCUUAAUUUUAUUUAGUUUCACAGUUUAAUGGUUAAGUACUUUUUUGAUAGUGAUUCCUAAUUAGUUAAAUUCACGUUAAAAUACUUUAUGUAGUUAAGUAAAAAUCUGCGUGAGUUUGGUAUAAAGUCUCGUUGUGUAUGAUUGAUACCACAAUAUGCAAUUACCCGUCUUUGUUUGACACUCAAAUCAUACAAAAUGGGCAUCUGUCGAAGUGAAAAAGAAAAGAAAAGAAAAGUUAAAUAUAUUGUAGUUUUCACUCAUAUGUAAUGUUCUCUCGAGCAUCCUAUACAUACCUUUUUAGUUUCCUAUUUUGCAAUGUGUGGAAAAUAUAAACCUUUUUGUCUUUUCAAAUUGUGUGAUUGACUCUGACAAUCCACCAAGAGUAAUACAACAAUGUCCUUUGUGUAUUUACAUUGUGAAAAUGUAUGCAUUGUUGGAUAAAAAAAAAAAUAUAUGGAAUGUACUUGCAUAUAGUAUUUUACUAGUUUAAACCUAGCUAAGAAGACAUUUAAAAUGUAUUCUCUUCUAUUUUACGACGAAUGUAAUUUAUUUACCUGACUCCUCAAAGGGCCUUGACCUGUUGUUUUAGCCUACGGAAAGCCGUAAGUGUCAAAGGAGCAAAUGUUGGAACUAAGAGAAGCUUUGAAAGUUUCAUCCUUGUCACAUGUUUGUUACAUGUUACGGCUAAAAGAAAAGCUUGUCGUCUACACUUCUGCAUAUGGAAGUUGUUGUGAUCACCCUGUUUUAAAGAGAAAAAAAAAAAAAGGACAAUAAGAAUGUUUGGUGUGACUGAUGGAAACAUUUGUCUUAAGCACUUUCUCAACAGUCAGGCACCUGAGAAGACAUGCUUUUUGAGAACCUUGCCUUAUCUUAUAUCUGUUCAUAUAAUUUUGCAUUUGUUCAUCGAUUAUAAAUUCAGUAUUCUCAAGUAAUGAAAGCCAUCUUUUGUCAAAUUGUUGCCACAUGAAAUCUGGAUUGAAGGCUAAAAUGACAGUUUGUAAAACAAGCCCAAACACUACGCUGCAAAGACUGACAUGCUAUUAAUGCUUAUUUUCAAAUUUGUUGUCUGAUUAUCUUCUGGCCUAAAUACAGACUUCCCCCUCACUGUUUAUUAUCAUUAUUAUUAUUAUUAUUAUUAUUACUGUUGUUGUUAUUAUUAUUAUUAUUGUUAAGAAAGUAAUUUUAUUUGUGCAUAGUUAAGCAUUUCAUGUGGGUAGUUUUUGUUCCUGUAAAUUCAAAAUUGUGUAAAAUCUAAUAUUGAAAAUAAAUAAAUGUCAAUUUCAUUCUA